UACGAAUCUAUUCUAUUUUAUCUAGAACACGGCACGGUUUAGGACCGGUAAAUAUAUUUCGUUUUCAAAAUAAUGAUUUAGGGUUGUGAAUUAGGUUACCUCAGUUCCGAUGCUUUUUCCGCUCAUUGAGUGCAUCGUUUUCGAUUUUGUUCUGUUUUUGGUUAGAAGCGAUAGCGAAUUUUUUAUUUCUGAGAAUUCUGUUUUGGCUGUGGUUAUCGACGAGGAAUUUGUGAAAAUGGAACAUAAGAACGUCAAAGCCACCAUAGAUGAUUUUGUACGAAUCACAAGGGAUCUGCAAGCCAAAGGAUUAAACCUAAAAAUACAAUACCACACGUCUCUAGGUGUCAACUUCAAAAGGGACGUUUUAUUGAUAAAUAUGUCCUAUUGUCCUUCCUCAGACAUAUCCGGUGUCCUGACUGUGGCCUCAUGUUACAACACUUGGAACUUAUUCGAAAGAGCCGACAGAGAUUUCGUCCCUUUUAUUGCAAUAUCAGAGACAGACUGUCCAAGAUUGCCAAUGGGAAAAGCCAUCAGUAUACCACUGACCAAAGUAGGAGAAGAAUUGCCUCAGCUUUUAUUAGACUUAAGAACUUCAUCGAUCUUCAAAUGGAGGUCUGUUGUACUCAUCCACGACGAUAGUUUGAAUAGAGAUAUGGUUGCCAGGGUGACAUCUUCUUUGACGGAAGAUCUUCCAGUACCAGCUCAGUCCACUGCCCUCUCUCUAAUCAAAUUCGAAAAACUAGAGUCCGAAGAUAAGGGACAAAGUCUGAUCGAUAGACUAGCGUCAAUAUCGUCCAGAAAAUCAGAUUCUAACUUUCUGGUGGUUUCUUACCGAAAAGUCGUCGAGACUGUCAUGGAAGCUGUUGACCUGAUGAAUCUCGUGAACACAGAAACGCAGUGGUGUUACGCCAUCUCGGACACGAACAGGGGAUCGAGGAAAAACUUGAGGAAAUUGAAAAAGUCGCUGAAAAACGGAAGCAAUGUUGCCGUUAUGUAUAAUAACACAGUGACUGAUGCCGAAUGUUUUAGAGGUUUACUAUGUCAUUUCGAAACUUUGGUGGCUGCGUUCGCUACAGCUUUCUACGAAACAGAAAAAAAUGAAUUCGAUAUAGCCGAUCAAGUUUCCGGAGAAGAAUGGGAAGCAAUAAAGCCUUCAAAAUCUGAACGUCGGACAUACUUAUUAGAAAAAGUACUGAUGUACCUACGGAAAAACGGAAAAUGCGACAACUGCACCAGUUGGCUCCUCAGAUCUGCAGAUACCUGGGGCAGCGAAUUCAAGAACGACGGCAACGAAACCUCCAUACAGCUGAACAGAGUCGGCAGUUGGACUGCUGUUCUAGGUGCGGAAAUGUCCGACGAGCUGUUUUUGCACGUUGCACACGGUUUCAGGAGGAAAACCUUGAGACUCGUCACUGUUCACAAUCCACCGUGGCAAAUAAUAUCGACCGACACGUCCAAAGGACUGACGAAAUAUACAGGAUUAACCUUCGACAUAAUCAACGAAUUAUCGAGAAAACUCAACUUCACCUACACAUUGCAAGUCCUGCCAGUCGAAGAGAAGCGAAAGCAAACCUCCCUCAACUUCCAGCAGGUUUACAAUUUUUCGGGUAGCCCCGGUGACAGAGUGGAAGAUCUGGCUAAUCUAGUCACCAAUUGGAUUCCUCCGAACAUGAUCGACAUGAUAGCGAAUGGUACAGUGGCCUUAGGCGCUUACGGCUCAACGGUAACCGAGAAAUAUCUGAAUAAGAUCGAUUUUACGAUACCGAUAUCGACGCAGCCCUACACGUUUUUGGUCGCAAGACCGAAGGAGCUGAGUAGGGCCCUGCUCUUCAUGGCGCCUUUCAGUGGCGAUACGUGGCUUUGCCUUAUGGUGGCAAUACUGUCUGUAGGUCCAAUUCUGUAUUUCAUUCACAAAGUAAGUCCAAUGCCAGAUCAGAGAGAGAGAGCUGGAGGUCUUUUCAGCAUUCAAAACUGCAUAUGGUAUAUGUAUGGCGCUCUUUUACAGCAAGGUGGUAUGCAUCUUCCACAAGCUGACAGCGCACGAAUCUUGGUCGGCGCCUGGUGGUUGGUGGUACUGGUGAUCGCUACCACUUAUUGCGGUAAUUUAGUGGCUUUCCUGACUUUCCCGGAGAUGGAAAAACCCCUGACCACUUUCGACGAUCUGCUGGCUCAGAAAGACCGGAUAUUUUGGAGCAUGAUCGAAGGAAGCUACAUAGAAGACGAAUUGCAGAACUUUGGCGAUUCCAAAUACAAACUCCUGUACAACAUGAGGGUUAAAAAUCAAACUAGGGAAAAAAUUCUCAUUGAAGUUGCAGCGGGAAAACAGGUUUUCAUCGAUUGGAAGCUACAUUUGCAGUACCUAAUGAGGAGGGAAUAUAUCAAAAGCAAUAAAUGUGAAUACGCUUUAGCUACAGAAGAAGUUUUCAAUGAACGUAUUGGUUUGAUCUUAUCCAAGAAAAAUCCCUAUCUGUACAGAAUUAAUAAGGGAAUAAAAGAGCUCCAUCAGGUGGGAUUAAUCCAUAAAUGGCUAACUGGUUACCUCCCGAAGAAGGAGAAGUGUUGGAGAAUUGGACAAGUACUGCAGGCCAACAACCACAUUGUCAAUAUGGAUGACAUGCAAGGAAGUUUCUUUGUUUUAUUCUUAGGUUUCCUUUUUGCCUUAAUCUUCAUCAUCGGUGAACGAAUUUGGUUUUAUCACAAGACCAAGAAGAAGAAGAAAAGCAUAGAGCCAUACACCAUGUAAAAAUUUUGUAUACAUGACUUUAU